AUGAAGCGAUUUUAUAGAGCUGAUGGGUUACAAAAUGCUUUGGAGGAGAAGGAGAGAGAGAUUAAGGAGCUGCGUGAGGAAAUUAGUCGGAUCACACAGGUCGCUGAGGAAGAAAAACUUAUGUGCCAGAGGGCAUUGGAGGAGAUGAAUGCUAAGCUCGCUGAAUUUGAAAAAAGUCCGAAGCAAGAAGAUAUCGAUGCUCUGGAUGCGACUAUUGAAAGCCUUCGGAAUGAAAUCAGUGAAAAGGAUAAAUGUAUCGAAAAUAUCACGAAAAGUAAAAAUGAUGCGGAACAGAGCUUGAAUGAACACAGCCAAUGGCUUCUGGAUGCCAACAGCAGGAUUGCUGACCUGGAAAAUAAUGAAAAAGACAAAGACAAGAGGAUCAAGGCCUUGCACGACGAGAUUGAGCAAUUAUCGGGAAAGGUCGUACUGGAUCUAAAAGCUGCUUUGGAAGCAGUGCAGCGGAAUGAGAAGCUUGAAAUGCCUGUUGAAGAGCUUGUUGCAAAAUUAAACGAUGCUGAGCGGGCGCUGGCCGAAAGUCCAAAACUGAAUGAUUUCCUAAGCUUAAAAGCUGAAAAUGAUGAUCUGAGGAAGAAGCUACAUGAAAAGCAAGCUUGCCUCGAGGAUCUAGAAAAGGAAAAGAAUGACGCACAGUGGCGUCUCGGUGAGCAUAUCCAGUGGUUGAAAGAUGCCAAUGACAGGGCCAAUUGGCUAGACGGCUUUGUUCAUGACAAAGAUCGAUCCAUCAGUGAAUUACAGCAGGAAAACGAGCAACUGCGACUUGAGCUGGCAAGUGCGCCAAAACUGGAAGAUGUUGGGUUAAUCAACCUGGAGGCGUCGAGUCGUGACAAGGAUGAUAUAAUUGAUGGAUUGCGCAGAGAGCUGGAAGCUCUGAGAGCUGAUGAUGCAGCACAGCUGCGCCAGAAAAUUGAUGAACUAGAACGAGUAAGAGCAGAAAAAUCAGCUAUUGAAGCGCGUGAAAAUGAUCGAUUUCAGGACGACGAUCGAAUGCGGUGCUUGGAGCAUCAGGUAAAUGACUUGAACAGAGCAGUGCUGGAGAAGGAUGAAUGUAUCGCUAGGUUGGAGAAGGAAAGAAAUGACAAGGAAUGGAGCCUUGGUGAACACCGCCAGUGGCUCAGUGACGCAAACAACAGAGCGGAUGAAUUGGCGGCAAAACUGCGAAAAGCGGAAGAUGAAUUAUCGCGUCUGGAGCACACUGAGGAACCGGAUGAAGCCGAGAAAUGCAAGGUACUAGAUCAGGAUGAGACAGUUGCUCAUUUGAAAAGCGAACUGGAGCAAAAGACUGCUGAUUUGGACAACAUUGCCAGAGAACGAAGCGAAGCUGAAUGGUACCUUGGCGAAGAGCGACAGCGACUGCGAGAUGCCAACUUGCGCAAUGAAGAACUGUUGAAAUGCUUAAAUGGAAAGGAUGAAGCACUUAACUCCUUGCAGCAGAUUAAUACAGAGUUGUAUGCGAAGCUUACGGAACUGGAGCAGAAGGUGGCGGAUGGAAUGCAGUUGCCUGUCGGUGCAGCCGAGUUCGCUGAGAAAGCCAGGAAUUCGAAACUUGAAGAAACACUGCAAACGAAGGAGACUAUUUUGAACAGUUUGAAGAAGGAAGCGAAAACGUCAAUGCUGAUUCUAGAGCAGAAUAUUGGGGUUGAGAAUCUUGAGGAGGAGUUCAGAAAGGUUUAUUUCCUGCUAAUAUUUUGUUGGUGGUCAUAG